AACUCAGCACACUCAGAGAGAGAGAGCUGCUCGUCUCACCUGACCGGACAACGACUGUACCCACAGGUAUAUGUUUGUCCGUCUGCAGGAGGAGGCAAGGAAGCAGGAAGGAAGCAGGAAGGAAGCAGGAAGAAGGCAGGAAGGAAGCAGGAAGGAAGCAGGAAGGCAGGAAGGAAGCAGGAAGGAAGCAGGAAGGAAGGAUGAGGAGGAGAGCGGAGCAGAAGGAGGACAGUGCAGAACCCAUCGCAAUGGAGAAAGACUACGGCAGCAUCACCACGAAUGCACCUGUUCAGCGUCCUGACAGGAACGUCUUCAGUGACGGGACGAGUAGAGUUGAUUUUGUGUUGGUGUGGGAGGAGCCCCUGAGCUCACAGGAGGAGGAGAGGAAAGGACUUGGCCUCACCCACAAGAAGUGGAGGAUGGCGUUUUUGAACAAACUGAGAGACUCCGGGUUGCUGCAGGAGACGAAAGAGGUCCUGGAGGUCAAGACCAAGAUCUGUUUCGUCCUCCUCAGUGCUCCCUGGAAUGUCCUCUGUUACUACGCCGAGGAGAUAACCCUGAGAGUCCCUCUGCAGGUGGUCACCGCUCCGAGCACUAACUGGUCUGCGCGGGUCUUGUCCCGGCUGUCCCUCCCCAACCCCAUGUCCCAGGACGUCCCCAACCCCCCACUGGACUUCCACACGUGUCAGUUCAGAAACAACAAGCUGCAGAGGUUUCUGGGCAGCGACAACAAAGAGAAGUUCUUCAAGACGACACAAAGACACCAGGUGCUCUAUGAGAUCCUGGCCAGGACCCCAUACGGGUCUGUGACGAGGGGGGAGGUGGGGAUCGACCGCCUGCUGUCGGAGCAGGUCUUCACUGCUGGCUACCCGCUGCACGAGGGCGGUUUCAAUAUGCCGACGCCCCCCGUGCCCCUCAAGUCCUGGGAUCUGAGAGAGAUCCUGUAUUUCUACUGGGCCACGUGGUCCUCCUGGCGACACUACCAGCCUCUGGACCACAUCAGGGAAUACUUCGGGGAGAAGAUCGCGCUUUACUUCGCCUGGCUGGGUUUCUACACCGGAUGGCUGCUGCCGGCGUCCCUGGUGGGGACCGUGGUCUUCCUGUUUGGGUUCUGGCUCAUGGCCACGGACGUUCCAGCGAAGGAGUUGUGUGACAGUGGAAACAGCUUCCCCAUGUGUUCUCUCUGUCACAUCUGCUCCGACUGGAACUACUCCAGCAUCUGUCUCACCUACAAGGCCGGCAUCUUGUUUGAUAACGGAGGAACAGUGUUCUUCAGUGUCUUUAUGUCUCUGUGGGCCGUCACCUUUCUGGAGUACUGGAAGAGGACUUGUUUAUUCCUAUCUCACCGCUGGGACUGCUCAGAGUUCCAGGACAUUGAGGAGAGACCUCGCCCAGAGUUCACCGCCAUGGCACCGAUGACUAUGAAGAGCCCGGUGACCGGAGCAGAGGAACCUUACUUCCCUGAGAAGCAACGACUCAACAGAACAAUGACUGGCUGCAUGGUCAUAAUCCUCAUGGUUGUUGUGGUGCUGGUGUUCCUCAUGGCCAUCAUUCUGUAUCGCAGCAUCCUCACAGUCUUCAUCUACAAGUCUGGCGGCUUCUUAACCGGCUGGGCUGGGAGGGUGGCCAGUAUCUCCAGCUCCGUGUUGAACCUGAUCGUCAUCCUCUUGUUGUCGAGGGUCUACAUGUCUCUCGCCCACAUCCUCACCCGCUGGGAGAUGCACCGGACUCAGUCUAAAUAUGAAGACAUGUUCAUCCUCAAGGUCUUCAUCUUCCAGUUCAUCAACUUCUACUCGACUCCUAUUUACAUCGCCUUCUUCAAAGGCAGGUUCAUCGGUUACCCCGGAAACUACCAAACUCUGUUUGGAUUUCGCAACGAAGAGUGUGGACCAGGUGGAUGUCUCAUUGAACUGGCUCAGGAGUUACUGGUCAUCAUGGUGGGAAAGCAACUGAUCAACAACACCCAGGAGUUCUUUGGCCCGAAGUUGACGGUCUGGUGGCAGAAGAGGAAGUUAGGUCAUCAGCUUAGGGAGGUGAAGGAGGAGGGAGGAGAGGAGGAGAGGAGGGAGGACAAGCAGGAGGAAGAGCAGGGGGAUUCUCCCUGGGAGGCCGACUACCAACUGCUGGUCUAUGAAGGGCUCUUCAGCGAAUACCUGGAGAUGGUGAUCCAGUUUGGUUUCAUCACCAUCUUCGUGGCAGCGUGUCCUCUGGCUCCUCUCUUCGCUCUCAUCAACAACUGGGUGGAGAUCCGUCUGGAUGCUCAGAAGUUCGUGACGGAGUAUCGGCGCCCGGUGGCCGAGCGGGCUCAGGACAUCGGCAUCUGGUUUCCCAUCCUGCAGUUCAUCUCCCACAUAGCCGUCCUCACCAACGCGUUCCUCAUCGCGUUUACCUCGUCCUUCCUACCGCGGCUCUACUACGGCUACACUAGAGACGAAACACUGACCGGGUACAUCAACUUUACCCUGGCAACGUCACCAGGCAACUACAGACAGACACAACCACCUUGCAGGUAUCGGAGUUUCAGGAAUGCAGACGGUGAUUACCUCCCAGAAUACUUUCACCUUCUCGCCAUCCAAAUGGCGUUUGUCAUCGUGUUUGAGCACGUGGUCUUCUCCAUCGGCCUUCUGAUCGACCUGGUGGUCCCUGAUGUCCCCGAGGAGGUGGAGCUGAAGAUGAAGAGGGAGCACUACAUGGCUAAACAGGCUCUGGCUGAGAACCAGUCUUUGGGGAUAUCCCUGUUUCCUGGUGAGAAGGAAGUCCCGUCCAAGGUCCUGUAACCAUACCAUCAGGACCCCCACAGAGCGUCUCCUCUCCACCAGACCUGAAGGUGAUCCCAGAGGAAACCAGUACAUCAGGCAGCUGCUGAAAGACCUCCACAUCAUCUAGACCCAUAUUCUACUUUUGAUCAACCUCUCUGACAGAUCUGCAACACACUUCUGAGACAUCCACAAGAACUUCAAGAACUGGGAUGAGUCAUACAGGUCUAGAUCUGCAAGACUCCUUCUAGAUAUCUUGAGGAACUACCAAUCUCCUCAUACUCUGUUGGAGCUUAAAGGGAUCUACAAUCAUCUCAGACUUGUGUUGUUGAGUAUCUGCAGAUCUUUACAAUAUCUAAAUUACUUCUAAUGAUCCUGAACAAGAUCUACAAGAUCUUCUGUCCCUAAAUGUCUGUCUGCAGCACAAGAUGACCUUAAAACCAUUAGACGUUUACAAGAUCUACUAGAGUGGUCCUGAACUCUAAGACAUCCUAACGGGCUCUGUGACAGAAAGUCCCACCCAUCCGGUCCCCAUGUCACCCUAUUUCAGAAAAAAGUAUGUACAGUAGUCAGGAGGCAACCUUGGGUUCUAAGUAAAGUCUAUGCUUCAUGUGUCAAACCUCAAUUCUCUCUCCUGACCACCAGGGGACGACUCCUCUGGUUGUAUAGAA